CCCACCCCCCCUUCCCGGUGUCUCUUAAAGGCGCCGCGGCCCCCCCGGGGAUGGAGCCGGGCUCGGGCUGGCGCUGCCGCCCCGGGGGGAGGCUCGACAUGAGCCACGGCUUCGUGCGGCACAUCCGCCGCAACCAGAUCGCCAGGGACGCCUACGAGCAGGCGGUGCGGCAGGCGCGGGGGCGAGGGCGCGGGCGGCUGACGGUGACCCCCCCACGGCCACGGCGCCCCGACCAGCAGAGGUACCAACCCCGGCGGCACGGGGGGGAUGGGGACGCGGGGUCGGGGCUCCCCCCGGCCAAAGCCCGAGGGGUUCAGCUCUUCUGCCUCGAGUACGAGGCCGACGACGGGAGCGUCACCGCCGUCAUCGUGCACAAGGGCGACAGCGCCGAGGAGGUGACGCAGCGCGUGUGCGCCCGGACGCCGCUGGAACCCGCCCUGCGCGGGGCCCUCUGCCAGCGCGUGCAGGAGGAGCUCCACAAGCGCCAGGGCACGGGGUGACACGGCCACCAUCACCCCCAGGGACACGGCCACCCCACCUUCUCGGGGGUGGAACUGUCACCUCCAGCAUCUCCACAAAGGUCUUUGCGUUGGUUUGUUAUUGUAGGGUCUCCCCAAAACAAAGUCUGGUGCUUAUUUGGUU